AUGAACAAAAAACCUAGUGAUUCUAAAGCUCCUAAAGUACAAGAAGAAAAGGUUGGUAUAGCAAUACAACAAAAGCCUAAAAUAAAAACAAUAAAAGAAAUAAAAAAUGACAAAAGAAAAGAGGUUCUUUUAAAAGGUAGAGAACAAAAAGUAAGAGCAGAAAAUUACUUACAACCAGAAGAAACUAAACAAUCAGGUUAUAUGGAUUAUAAUAUUUCAGAUGUUCUUCCAUAUCUAGACCAACAAACUAAAGCAAAAAUAUUUUCAUUACAAUUAGAGUAUGGCCCUUAUUCAACUAAUUUUACAGGUAAUGGUGUUCAUUUAGGUAUUUGUGGUAGAAAAGGUCAUAUUGGAAUUCUUGAAUGGAAAACACAAAAAUUAAUAAAUGAAUUUCAUGUUGGAGAACAAUGCUAUGGGAUGCAUUUUUUCCAUACAUUUAAAUUAUUUGCUGUAGCCCAAGAAAAAAGACUUCAUAUUUAUGAUGAUAAAGCAACUGAUAUCCAUUCAUUAUUUGAUUUUCCUAAACCUCGUCAAAUAGAUUUCUUACCAUAUCAUUUCUUACUUUCUGUUAAUUGUGUAGAAUCAAAACCUAAAUUAAAAUAUCUUGAUAUAUCUACAGGUGAAUUAGCUGCUCAACACCCACUUUCUAGUUUAACAACAACAAUGAUUCAAAAUCCAUAUAAUGCAGUUAUUAUUAAUGGACAUGUAACUGGUGCAAUUACUAUGUGGACACCAAAUAUGGCUAAUGCUGUUGUUGGGUUAGGAUUCCAUAAAGCAGCCAUUACAGGUUUAGCUGUAACUCGAGAUGGAAAAUAUCUUGCUUCAUCAAGUGAAGAUGGAACUUUAAGAUUUACAGACUUAAGAAUGAUGGUAGAAGAUACUCACAUGACUAUGACUGGAUUUAGUGAUGUAACUUCAUUAAAUUAUUCUCAAAGAAAUUUGUUAGCAGUUGGAAGAGGAAAUAUUGUUGAAAUAUUUGAUGAAAAACUUAAUAAAAUUAAUGUACAACGUCCUGGAGAAACACAUCGUGAUAUGAUUACUUCUUGUGAGUUUUGUCCAUUUGAAGAUUUUAUUGCAAUUGGUAGAUAUAAUGGAGUAUCUACUAUUCCAAUUCCAGGUUCAGGUAGUGCUGUUAUUGAUACAUUUGAAAAUAAUAUUUAUGAAUCACAAAAGAGUUAUAAAGAGAGUGAAAUUCAGAAAUUACUUGAUAAGAUUCCUGCUGAUAUGAUUACAUUGAAUCCUAAUCUUAUUGGUCAUGUUGUAGAGAAAGAUCACUUGAAGAUUAGAGAAGAAUUCCUUGAAGGACUAAAGGAUGAAGCUGCUAAAACUUCUAAAGUAAAACAACACCGUCGGGAAGUUCUUAAGAAAAGAAUGGAGUUAUUUGCACCAAAAACAAGAGCAAAACCAAAAAGAGCUGAUAAGAAAAAACCACAAAUAAAACCAAUAGCAGAAAGGAGUGCAUUAGACUUGUUUCGUUGA